AGAUGAAGAGGACGAGCUGACCAGGACUUGAGUGCAGAGCAUCAUGUGCAGGUUCCCUUUAAGUUUUUCCAGCAGGCGAGCUGACUGUGUCUGCAGAGACCUGUAAUGAUUUCAAGCAUGCAUCUUUAUGGAACAGGAUGAGCUCCUUGCAAGCUGCACAAAAAAGCAUAUUUAUGACCAUCGCGUCUUGUAGUUCACUGCAUGCGAUUGCAACAACCCUGACUGUGCAGGAUGAGGCCCACUGUUCCUCUUUAACAGGCUGAUGAUUUCUUACACCAAUCUGUGGUGAAAACUUUCACAACCAAGAGUUUGCAGUUUCCAUAAUUAACAAGAUGGAAGCACGGGAGAUGUUGAGGAGCUUGAGACUGCUAGAGUUCGAAGACUUGAAUCAGUUCCUCCGCAGUGUGCCAGCCGCCACAAUACUGGGAUUAGGUGCCUUUGCAACAGUCAUUGCAUUCUGGCUCGCUAGUCGACCCAAAGCUGUGAAACCACCAUGCAACCUUUUAAUGCAGUCAAAAGAACUUGAGGCUGGUGAUGGUGCCCGCCAUUCUGUGUUGGGAGAUGGCCCAAAGCUGCUUACACAUUACUAUGAUGAUGCCAUGACAAUGUAUGAAGUAUUCCAGAGGGGACUACACAUAUCGGAAAAUGAACCAUGUUUAGGAUCCAGGAAACCUAACCAGCCUUAUGAGUGGCUUUCAUACAAAGAGGUGACAAACAGAGCAGAGUGGUUAGGAUCGGGAUUACUAUAUCAGGGAUGCAAGGCUUCAACGGAUCAGUUCAUUGGGGUUUUUGCCCAGAACCGCCCAGAGUGGAUCAUCUCUGAACUUGCCUGCUACACAUACUCCAUGGUGGUUGUUCCACUGUAUGACACUCUGGGUCAUGGUGCAAUUCGGUAUAUUAUUAACAUGGCUGAUAUUUCCACAGUAAUAUGUGACAAAUCAGAAAAGGCCAGGCUCCUCUUAGAACAUGUUGAAAAAGGAGAGACCCCGGGACUAAAGUCUGUUGUUCUCAUGGACCCUGUGGAUCUUGAGUUAAUAGAGAGAGGCAGAAAAUGCUCUGUACGCAUUCAGACCAUGCGCGAACUGGAGGAAUGUGGGAAGCAAAACAGAAGAGCGCCAUUUCCUCCGAAACCUGAAGAUUUGUCUAUUGUAUGUUUUACCAGUGGUACUACAGGCAAUCCUAAAGGCGCUAUGCUGACUCACGGCAAUGUGGUGGCAGACUUUUCAGGAUUCCUAAAAGUUACAGAGAAAGUGAUAUUUCCGAAACAGGACGAUGUGCUCAUCUCCUUCUUGCCUCUGGCUCACAUGUUUGAGAGAGUAAUACAGUCUGUGGUAUACUGCCAUGGUGGUCGCAUUGGGUUCUUUCAAGGCGACAUUCGUCUUUUAUCCGAUGACAUGAAGACUUUGCGGCCAACAAUCUUCCCAGUUGUUCCAAGAUUAUUAAACAGAAUGUAUGACAAGAUCUUUAGUCAAGCAGAUACACCCAUUAAGCGAUGGAUUCUUGAAUUUGCAUCUCGAAGGAAAGAAGCUGAAGUGAAGAGAGGGGUCAUUCGAAACAACAGUAUAUGGGACAGACUGCUCUUCAAUAAAGUGCAGGCUAGCCUUGGGGGGCGUGUUAGAAUGAUUGUAACAGGAGCUGCACCCGCAUCACCUACAGUUUUAGGAUUUCUACGAGCAGCCCUUGGAUGUCAGGUAUAUGAAGGUUAUGGGCAGACAGAAUGUACAGCUGGCUGUACCUUUACUACCCCUGGGGACUGGACAUCAGGGCACGUGGGAGCACCAUUACCUUGCAACUUUAUCAGAUUAGUUGAUGUAAAAGACAUGAAUUAUUUUGCUUCUAAAGGUGAAGGAGAGAUAUGUGUUAAAGGACCCAAUGUAUUUAAAGGGUAUCUUAAAGACAAAGAAAAGACAGCAGAAGCAUUAGAUGACAGUGGCUGGCUGUACACUGGAGACAUUGGAAAAUGGCUUCCGAAUGGAACUCUAAAGAUCAUAGACAGAAAAAAGCACAUAUUCAAGCUUGCACAAGGAGAAUACAUAGCACCAGAGAAGAUUGAGAACAUUUAUAUUCGCAGUGAACCCGUAUCACAAAUAUAUGUUCAUGGAGACAGCCUUCAGGCAUUUCUUGUUGGAAUUGUUGUUCCUGAUGCUGAAGUGAUGCCAGGAUGGGCAAAAAAGAAAGGUUUUGAAGGAUCAUUCGCAGAACUAUGCAAUAAUUUGGAACUCAAGAAAGCAAUGAUGGCUGAUAUGGUGAGACUAGGAAAAGAGAGUGGGCUUCAUUCUUUUGAACAGGUGAAAGCUAUUCACAUCCACAAAGAGAUGUUCAAUGUACAGAAUGGAUUAUUGACACCAACACUAAAGGCGAAAAGACCGGAACUCCGAGACUUCUUCAAAGAGGAGAUAGCAGAGCUUUAUGCCACAGUGUCUGUGUGACACUCUGUGAACAAUGUCUUAUCAUGCACAUAAAUUACAGAAAUAUGUGAAUACAUUAUUUUUAUUUUUUUUGGAUUUUAGCCUUUGCAGUUAUUUUGAAAGUGCUUGGAGUGCAAGAAAACGAAUGACAACCGAGGUUAAAUUAACCAAUAUUAUUUUAAAGUAUUGCUAGCAUGACAGUGUUUAUACUGUACAGCAAUGGACUGAAGACUAAUAUGUAUAGUACAAUAUGCCAACAUGGCUUUAGUAAGAACACUUUUUUUAAGAAGCAAACUGAAGUCAAAUACAAUAAUUUCAGGAUCACUGCACGAAUCGUAAAAAAAAACAUUGAUGGUUUUCUGGAUUGCGAGGACUUUUGUGUCCUUUUUAUAGAACAUUGCAAAUACUGCAAGCUGUGUAAACUAUUAAAGAUUUACAGAGAUUAAUAGUUUUCAAUAAAAUAACUAUAACAACUGUU